AUGGACGCUCGGCUGUACUCUCUAGUUGUUGAUGGCCACUCUUCAGACUCUCAAUUCAUUCCAUCAGACGCUGACUGGGAGGGUCGGCGUGAAGACAUCGAAAGGCUCUAUGUUACACAAAGAAGGAGCCUGAAAGAAGUGAUUUUGAUCAUAGAAGCCAUGUACGGCUUCAAAGCCACGUGGGGGUCACAGAUGUACAAGAGACGGCUCGCAAAGUGGAAACUCAACAAGAAUAACAACAAGAGAAUGACGCUGGCUAUACUUCGAAAGCAAAGCCAGCGCCUCGCCGAUGGAAAGCAUACAAAGUUUUUCAUUAGCGGUCGGGAAGUUGACAUGGAUGCUCUGAUGCGGCAUGCCAAAAGAAGCGGCGCCAAAGCAGCUCAGGCAUACCCGAACCGUAUGUCACGUUCCCCAACGCCCGACGGCCUCGAAUGCGUGACACCUGUGCCAGCUUGGCUUGCGGACGACGAUAUCAAUGGGUCCUCGUUGCUGGAACCGUGGCCAACGUCUACGGAGCCUCACCACGAAAGACUGUCUUUGCUCCUCGAGGCGUCCCCAGAUCAGGCCGACACUCUUGCGCUGUAUGAACUUUUCCGUUCAAUACUCCGGAAUUACAUUACAGGGGCCUAUGAGGCUCGGAUGUGGCUCUGUAAUGAGGGAGAAAACUAUUGCAGAUCAUCCCGAGCUGCGGAGCUGAAGACAGAUAUGCGAGGCUCUGAAAGACCAGGAUCGGGUCUCAGGAGACUUCUGGACGAUAGCGACCGCGAAAAUGGAAUCUCAAGUCCAACUUCUAUGGAAUAUCUGCGGGCCAUGGCCUUCAAUAUCUUUGUUGAGAACAGUGAUAUCGAAGGUGCUUUUGUCCUUGCCGAGAAGAUCCUGGAACGCACUCGACAAGCUCCCAACGCUCACUCUAGGGACCUUGGCCUCCUUACAGCACUUUCUAUACAAAUUGAUGCUGCACUGCGUAGCCGGCAGGAUGAGCGAGCAAGGCAUGCCAUACAUCAGGUCCUGACUACCGUCAGCAAGCUUGAUGCUCUUGACUCACUACAUAACGCUGCGCUCCUGUCGCGCCUGGAAGAUUGCCUGAUGCGGCUGGGCCGGCGGGAUGAGGCACAGUUCUCAGGAAGUCGCUGA